GCGCCGGGGAACAAGUUGCCGAUUGAAAACGAAAGAGCAGGCAAGAAUGCAAAGGGAGGAACGUGAUAGUUGACCACCCCCUCUUCGCGUUCGUUAUAUAGUAUAGAGUAGUCAUGAGAGUCGCGCCUACGUUCUGUUCCUUCGUCGUGCGCCUUGGCCUUUAGUCGCCGAGCAAAGCCCCGAGAGUCGAGGCGCGAGAGAAGGAGAGACGCGUUUGCGAUAGAGUUGCGAUCUCUUCUAUUCGUCUCGGGGGCCAAGAAGCGCUUGUAUUUACACAACGUACAAUCGUCGCGAGGACACACACACACACACACGUUGGCUCCGAAUGCGCGGCGAAGAUGCAUCCCGGAACGAGACGCGCGGGUUUCUGCUGGUUAACAAUAGCGCUGGUCGUCGGUCUGCUCGCCGACACCGGCGGCACUUGGAAGAGACGGGAGGAUAAGACCAAGUGUCCGAAAGUGAAGGGCAUACGCAACUUUGAUAUCUCUGAGUUCCUCGGAUUGUGGUACAUAGUACAGUACUACGCAAGCUCGGAGGAAGCUCUCGCGUACAGAUGCAUGAGAGCCGAGCUCUCGGUCUCGCCCGAGAACGCCGAAGUUACCAUGAAUUUCACUUACAGCUUUACCGACGAUCCCAUCAACGAGCUGCUCGUUGGUAACAUCACGUGGAAAAUCCCGUCGCCGGACUCAUCACCUGCUCACUGGGUGCACGCUGAAUUUCCAUACGAAGGAGUGUACAAUACGUAUGUGUUAGAUUCGGAUUACAAGUCCUGGGCGUUGCUAAUGCACUGCGCCGAGAAGAGCAAAAGCCCGCGAUACUUAUCGAGCUUCAUCAUGAGCCGCGAAGAGAGCCUCGGGCCUAACGUCAUUUCUUAUCUCCGAGAGAAGUUACCUAAAUACGAUAUCGAUUUGGAGUACAUGUUUCCCAUGGACCAAAAGCAGUGCAAUAAGACGGACAAUUUGGAGGAUAUGCUUAUACCGGGACUGGUGUUACCCAAGCGAAACUACGCCGCCAGGAGACACCCGCUGAAACGGAAACACAGGCGUCAAUGAAGCUUAAAUUACACAAGAAAAACUCGAUUUUUUUUUUUUUUUUUAUUUCUUUGGGCUAAUUUUAUUAAUUCAAUUAACAACGUGUUAUAAUAUUCUUCGUCUUAUUUAUCUCCUUCCUCUUAUUUAUAAUUACAUAAGUGUAAUUAA